AGCCGCCGCCGCCGCCCCGCGCCCGCCGCCAGCCCAGCGCCGCGGAGCGGGGCCGGAGCGGGGCCGCCAUGCGCCCGGGGCCGCGGCUGCCGGGGCUGCCGGUGCUGCUGGCGCUGCUGGCGGCCUUGGCGCGGCCGGGCAGCGGCGAGGAGGCGAUCCAGUGCCCGCCGUGCUCGGAGGAGCGGCUGGCGCGCUGCAAGGCUCCGCAGGGCUGCGCGGAGCUGGUGCGGGAGCCGGGCUGCGGGUGCUGCGCGACCUGCGCGCUGCCCCGCGGCACCGCCUGCGGCGUCUACACCGCGCGCUGCGGAGCGGGGCUGCGCUGCUACCCGCCCCGCGGCGAGCCCCGGCCCCUCCGCACCCUCAUGCACGGCCAGGGCAUCUGCACAGACCUGGCCGACGUCGAGGCCAUCCAGGAGAGCCUCCAGCCCCCAGAGAAGGAGGAGAUCGACCACCCCAACAACAGCUUCAGCCCCUGCAGCAUCCACGACCGCAAGUGCCUGCAGAAGCAGCAGGCGAAGAGGGUCAACAACGGCAACAAGAUGCGCAGCAGCGGGAGCCCUCACCACCGCGAGGACACGCGGGUCAUGGCACAGGGCUCGUGCCAGAGCGAGCUGCACCGGGCGCUGGAGCGGCUGGCGGCCUCGCAGACCCGGACGCACGAGGACCUCUAUGUCAUCCCCAUCCCCAACUGCGACCGCAACGGCAACUUCCACCCCAAGCAGUGUCACCCGGCGCUGGACGGGCAGCGGGGCAAGUGCUGGUGCGUGGACCGCAAGACGGGCGUGAAGCUGCCGGGCUUCCUGGAGCUGAAGGGCGACUUGGACUGUCACCAGCUGGCGGACAGCAUGUGAGCGUCACCGCGGCGGCCCCGCGCCGUGCAGGGCCAGGACCCCCGCCGGGGCUGCCCGGGAGAGAAGGAGAGGGGACGUGAGUGCUGAGCAGCGCCGGGGGACCCCGGGAUGCGCCUCGGAUGGCUCGGCGCUCUGCGGCACCGCCAUGACCACUACCAGCCACCGCCAGGGAUCCCGGCGGGCGCCAGCCGCGCCUCCAUCCCGCACGGACACGGCCUGGGUGAUGCUGCCCCGGGAGCCUGGGCUCGGGCUGCCAGGGUGGAGUGGGCGGGGGGCACCCUCGAUGCUGCUGCUGCUGCUGCUGCCCCGUGGUGCCCGCGGUUUUCAGCCUGGCCCCGCGGGUAGUUUGGACACCUGGCAGCUCUGGGGAGGUGGUGGCAGCAUGGCAUUCGCAGCUCAGUGCCCUCCGUGCCACGCCUCUGCACGGGCAGCAGCAGAAGUGCCUCAUCCUGCCCUCCCUGGUGGUGAGAGGCUGCCCAGGCAAGGACUGGGGGACCUGGAGAGACCCCCCUGCCUGCAUGCCACCCCAAGUUUGUGUGUGAAGGGCAGUGUGGCCACUCAGAGCAAUAAAAGACCUUCCCCCUCCCUGCUGAGCCCCCAGCCCCACAGCCCGGGACCUCCUCCCCACAUCCCAGCCCCAUCCCUGUGCAGGGACAAAGCCUCCCACCCAUCCUGUCUCCCCCUCCUCCAUCCUGGGGUCAGGAUCCCCUGGCAAGCAGCAUUGAGGGGGAGGUGGAGGGGUGAGGGAUGCCCAGGAAACACAUCCCAGGGGGAAGAGCUUCUUUUGGUUUGAGUUUUUUUCUUUCUUCCCCAAAUUUUUUACUAUUUAAAAAAUGUUGUUGGUGGCAUCUAAUGAGUGACUGUGUGGCCCCGAGGCUGGAAUUCUCCAUCCCCAGGGACCAGGGCACUGCAGUGAUGGCUCCUGUCUUCUCUCCUUGGCUAAUGUGACAAAACUGGGAUGGAUUCUGGAAUGUCUCCAUGAUGGGAUCUGCAGAUUUCACCAGCACAAUGCUCUCAGCUGAGAAAUUGUCACUGGUUUUGUACCUGUUUUUUCACAUAGAAAUGCCAUGGAAAGUGUGCCAAAGACAGAGGGGACCUCCCCAAUCCCCUCCUGACCCACCCUCUGGCUCCAUGGCCUCAGUGGUAGGUUUUGGUUUUCCAUGUGGAUUUGUCCUGUCCGAGGCCCCCCCAAUGGGAACGAAGCGUUUCAGUUUUAGUGAAACACCCUCUGCCCUGUGCCCUGCCACCCCUGCCAGACCCCUGCCUGCCCUGUGCCCUGCCACUGUCAGCCCUGUGCCCUGCCACCCCUGCCAGACCCCUGCCUGCCCUGUGCCCUGCCAGACCCUGCCUGCCCUGUGCCCUGCCAGCCCUGUGUCCUGCCACUGUCAGCCCUGUGCCCUGGCACCCCUGCCAGACCCCUGCCUGCCCUGUGCCCUGCCAGCCCUGUGUCCU